UAUUCCCAAACUAUUAUAACAUCACCUCAUUCCAACAAUGUCCUCACCUUACCCCCUCUUCUUCCCCGGGAUUCCAUCACUGGCCGGUUGGUGACGAUGAAUGACACUGUCCGUGAAGACCUGAUCGAAAGCAGGGAAGAUGACAACAACUACUAUCUAGCAGAUGAUGACACCGAUGGAUCCCAUUUCAUAUAUGCUAUCAAUAUGAUCUUAAGCGGCACUGCACGCCUCAAUGUUCUCUUACCUACUGCCACCAUCCUUGCCUUCACCAUUUUCGCUCCUCUGCUAACUAAUGAUGGCAAAUGUGAUACCUUGAGCCGCUGGCUGAUGGGUUUCUUUCUGGUCUUUUCAGCUGCCUCUUGCGUCUUCUUUUCCGUCACUGAUAGCUUUCGAACAGCCACAGGAAGGUUGUACUAUGGUGUGGCGACAUUCAAUGGGAUAUGGACUUUUAAUGGAGGCCGGAAGAAACCAUGCGUGCCAUCUGAUUACAGGCUGCGAUGGGCUGAUCUCUUCCAUACAUCACUUUCGUUAAUCGCUUUCCUCACUUUUGCAGCUUCUCAUACUGAUGUCCUGGAAUGCUAUUAUCGGGCCGUGCCCAGAAAGGUCAUCAAUUCUGCUCCUCUGGUGGUUGGGUUUGUGAUAAGUUUUCUCUUUGUAAUGUUUCCUUCCAGGAGAAGAGGAAUUGGAUAUCCUUUCCUGCUGCAGCGGGAUGCUUUGUACUGCAGAAAUUGAAAGACAUUUUGUUUCCAUCAAAUACAAACCAGAAAAUUGUUUCUUUCCCUCUUCCUGUAUACGAAUACUGCAGAAAUUGAAAGACAUUUUGUUUCCAUCAAAUACAAA